AUGGAGCUAAACGGAGCCACCCUCUCGCUCCUUUCUCUCAUCUCACUGGUGAUUCUAGUUUCCAUGCUUAGCCGCAAGUUAGCACCACGUUCAAAGAAGCAGCAGCCUCCUGGCCCAUGCUGUCUGCCCUUGAUCGGAAACGUCCAUCACAUCCUCACGUCGAAACUGCCGGUCGUCCUCCGGGACCUGGCCAAGAAGCACGGGCCCGUGAUGUACCUAAGGCUGGGCCAGGUUGACGCCGUCGUGGUCUCCUCACGGUCGGCGGCAGAGGAGGUACUCCGGGAAAAGGACAUCUGCAUGGCGUCCCGGCCGAUCCUUAUGGUCUCCGAGAUCUUACUCUACGGGAACCUCGACAUAACCUUCUCGCCGUAUGGCGCAUACUGGCGGACGCUGCGCAAGAUCUGCACAGUGGAGCUCCUCAGCGAGAGGAAGGUGAGGCAGUUUUCGCCGGUGAGGGACAACGAGACCAUGUCCCUCGUUAAGAACGUUCGCGUGGCCGGCCGAGGUGGCAACCUGUUCAACCUUGGCAGGCUACUUGUGUCGUGCUCCAACUCGAUAACUGGGAAGACGGCGUUCGGGGAGAUGUGCAGCUCUGAGCUCCAGGAGGAGUUCCUGUCGGCCAUGGAUGUGGGGCUGAAACUUGGCGCCGGGCUCUGCGUCGGGGACCUCUUCCCAUCUCUGUGGUUCGUCGAUGUGGUCACCGGCCUGAGGAGCCGGCUAUGGCGAACCCGCCGGCAGCUGGACCAUGUCCUGGACAAGAUCAUCUCUCAAUCUGAAAUGCGGCGAGGUGAUGACCUUGUGAGCGUUUUGCUUAGGAUCAGGGACGAAGGGGGACUGGACUUCCCGUUGGAACAAGAUAGCAUCAAGGCAAUCAUAAUGGAUAUAUUCACCGCCGGGACGGAGACGACAUCAUCAGCUGCAGAGUGGGUCAUGUCGGAGCUCAUGAGGAACCCGGAGGUGAUGAUCAAAGCGCAGGCUGAGGUGCGACGAACAUUCAACGCCAAGAGCCCACAAGACCAUGAUGGACAAGUGGCGGAGCUACACUACACAAAGAUGGUAAUUAAGGAGAGCAUGCGGCUAAACCCUGUGGUGCCCCUGCUGGUUCCCCAUGUCUGCCGAGAGGCCUGCGUCGUCGGCGGGUUUGAUGUCACCGAAGGUACCAGGGUUAUGGUAAAUACCUGGGCAUUGGGCAGGAACCCCGAGUACUGGCAUGAGCCUGAGAAAUUCAGGCCAGAGAGGUUCGAGGAUGGCACGACGACCUACAAAGGCUCGCGGUUCGACUACUUACCGUUCGGUAGUGGGAGGAGGAACUGCCCCGGAGAUACCUUUGGGUUGGCAGUGUUGGAGCUCGUGGUGGCACGACUUCUCUACUACUUUGACUGGAGUCUCCCUGCCGGAGUGAACCCGACUGAGAUGGACAUGGAAAUGAUUGUUUCCGCAACCUUAAGAAGAAAGAACCAGCUGCACCUAGUGAUGACACCGUAUAAGGCAUGCACUUGUUGA